UCCUACGCCCACCGGCUGGCGUCCUCAUCGUGUCAUAUUUUCUGUUUCCCGAGAAAUCAGAGAAUUUCUGUGGAAUUCUCCGCUGGUUCGGUGGUAAUCAAAUGGGAAGUUCUUUGAUUUUCUCCACGAGAAUCUCUCGGUUCCCCAUGUCGCCUCUCCCUCUGACCAACCGGAAUCCGAGUCCAUGUCGGAUUCCGGCAUUGAGCAGAAAUUUCCGACGUGGUUUCUCGAGAAUCUCACCUCACUUCUGUUCAAGAGCUGUUCUCUCAGAGGUUUCCGGUCCGAAGCAGUACCCGAGAGUCGGUGCCAAAUCCACCGGACCAAUUCCGCCGUCGCAGCUCCUACAUGUCGUCGAAACCGCCGCUAAAACGGGCGCCGAGGUGGUGAUGGAUGCUGUCAACAAGCCUAGGAAUAUCACAUACAAAGGCCUUACCGACUUGGUAACUGACACUGACAAAGCAAGCGAGGCUGCUAUUUUGGAAGUGGUGAAAAAGAAUUUCGGGGAUCAUCUGAUUCUCGGGGAAGAAGGCGGCGUCAUCGGGGAUUCAUCUUCCGAUUAUCUCUGGUGCAUUGAUCCUUUAGAUGGAACAACGAAUUUCGCUCAUGGCUAUCCUAGCUUUGCGGUUUCCGUAGGCGUUCUCUUUCGCGGAAACCCAGCUGCUGCUUCUGUGGUGGAGUUUGUCGGUGGUCCAAUGUGUUGGAACACACGCACAUUUUCCGCCACUGCUGGUGGUGGAGCGUUGUGCAAUGGGCAGAGGAUUCACGUCAGUAAAAACGACGCUAUAGAACGAGCUCUUCUUAUAACGGGAUUCGGGUAUGAACACGAUGAUCCAUGGAGUACGAACAUGGAAUUGUUUAAAGAAUUCACCGAUGUCAGUCGGGGCGUAAGAAGACUCGGGGCUGCGGCAGUCGAUAUGUGCCAUGUAGCCCUCGGGAUCGCGGAAUCUUACUGGGAAUAUCGUCUAAAGCCGUGGGACAUGGCGGCCGGAGUUCUCAUUGUCGAGGAAGCUGGAGGAGCGGUGACUCGGAUGGAUGGAGGCGAGUUUUGCGUUUUCGAUAGGUCGGUUUUGGUGUCGAACGGCGCUCUUCACUCCAAGCUUCUGGAAAGAAUCUCGCCCGCUACCGAGAAAUUGAAGAGCAAAGGGAUCGAUUUCUCGUUGUGGUACAAGCCCGAAAACUAUCACACCGAUCUUUGAACUCGUUCGGAAAUCAUUCAAGAAGGUACUCUUCUCUUUAUAGAAUUAGAAACAACGGGAACUCGAGAAAUAGUGUCGGUUUUCGGGUCAUGAAAACCGGUGAACAAUUGCAUAACCGGUAUGGUUUAUGGAACUGAUUCGUCUUUCCAAGCCA